GGCGCGGGCGGCGAUUGGCGCCGCCGGAGCCACGUGCCCGCGCGUCACCGGGCCGGGAGGAAAAAGGCUCCUUUUGGUGUAAAUCUGGACUCUAAUUCCGUAAUAUAUCACGGUACCUCGUAAAACCGACACUAAAACGUCCCGACCUACAAAUCACCCGGCCAAAUUAUGAGUUCAUUGUAUUAUGCUAAUGCUUUAUUUUCUAAAUAUCAAGCCGCAAGUUCGGUUUUCCCAUCCGGAGUCUUUCCCGAGCAAACUUCGUGCGCUUUCGCCUCCAACACUCAGCGAACAGGGUAUGGGGCCGGAUCCACGCCUCCCUUCGCCGCCUCCAUGCCCGGGCUGUACUCCAGCGGCAGCGCCGUGCACCCCCAGCCCCCCAGCAUGUAUUCCUCCGGUUACGGCCUGGAGCCCGGCUCCUUCAACAUGCACUGUUCCCCUUUCGAGCAAAACCUCUCCAUGAUGUGCCCGGGAGAUGCCUCCAAGCAGAAUUGCAGCAAAACGGACCAGAGGGACUCAGAUUUGCAAAGCGACAGUAACUUCCGCAUCUACCCCUGGAUGAGGAGCACAGGCACCGACAGAAAACGCGGCCGCCAGACCUACACCAGGUACCAGACCCUGGAGCUGGAGAAGGAGUUCCACUACAACCGGUACCUGACGAGGAGGAGACGCAUCGAGAUCGCCCAUGCCCUGUGUCUCACCGAGAGACAGAUCAAAAUCUGGUUCCAGAACAGGCGCAUGAAGUGGAAAAAGGAAAAUAAAACUGCCUGCUCCGGCUCCAACAGCCAGGAGAAACCAGAUGCGGAGGACGACGAGGAAGAGUGAAAGGGGCGAGAGAUGGAGGCAGGAAAUGUGGAAACCCACGCGAGAAGGAAAGAGGGGGAAAACACACAGAAAAAAAAGACUAUAUAUUAAAAUAGAUAAAUGAUAAGUGCAUAAAUAAUUAAAAACCCUAGGAAUGAUACGUUGUGUUUCAUGACACUGAAAAAAAUACUACCUAUAUUAAAGUUUUUUUUUUUUUUUUUUUUUUUACAGUAGAAAGACGAUCUACCUAUUCCUGUGGCUUUAGAGUCAGAAUAGACACACUUUUCUAUGUGAGUCGUCCUAUAGUCCAAGUAAUUUGUAAAGCUCCGUUUGUACUUCGCUGUGUAUUUUCGGUAUGAAGUAACGUGGUCGUGUUUAGCACCUUUAAUUUAGAAAAUGUGACCUGAAAAGUCUGAAUGCAAAUUCUACUUAGCAUAUAGAGUCCUGUACAUAAUAGGAAUGAUGGUUACUCCUUCUCCCUGCAACCUCCGCGGUUCUUUUCUCCUCGCUAUGCUCUUUUCUCUGUGUAUAUUUUUACCUGGAUUUCUUCGUUGUUCAAGUCUCUACGAAAACAAAAAACCACAAAAGAAGAUGAAUUAAUAUUGUGCUACGUAAAAUGUUGUAUAUCAAAGUAGCAAAUUAUUUAAUGGCGACGCGUUGCUUUUUUUGUUUUUUUUACCCCUUUGUCUGUGAUUAUUAUUAUUCGAAAUAAAAAGGAAAUCUCCAAUAAUCUA